CUCUCUCAGAGAAGUUGCUGGCCUCUGAUCUUGGUGUUCUCUACUCUCGUCGAAAAGAAGCUUCGAGAUCUCGAGCCAGAGCUCUACCCCUGCUGCUUCGAUUAGCAAGCUGCGGUUGUACAGGCCCAAUCGCUAAAGCCGAUAAAGAAGCAGUCGAACGUCACAGACUCUCGCGACCACAAGGCUACCAUUUAUACUCUUCGCAACGGGCUGUGUUCCCAUAACCUCCUAGUAUCUUACAUCGCCAUCAUGGAUAACGAUCCCCAGCCUCCCUCGAAUGCGCCCGAGGCUCCAGACAAGGAGAAGAUGGAUCAGAUUCGAAGACGACGCAUGGAAAAGCUGGCGGGACCCGCGACUCCAAAGAGCGAUCAGACUUCGGGAGGAGAGAACGGAACGCCCUCAGCAUCCUCUGGCCUUUCGACACCUGCCGCCCCUCAGACCGUCGAGCCUACCUCGAAACCGAAGAUUACCAUCCAUCAAGUCAACCAAACCCCUGCUACAUCCGAGAAUUCUUUGACCAAAGUGGGCUCUCAGCCAUCGGACGUCACCAGCACUCCUCCCGUAAGAUCUACAUCUGAAGCAGGAUCAUUGAAACGACCACGAGCUGAACCAGAUGUGCAGACUACUACAAGAGCACCCGCCCCGAAGGCGCCGAAACAAUCCGUGGAUGAGGAUAUUGACACAUAUGAGAAUAGGAUACUGGGUCAGAUAUUUCGGAUUACGUUAGAUCCAGACCAACGGGUGGAUGCUUCCCAUCAUAAACUCAUAUAUCUCCCAAAUCUGAGGCAGGAGUUAGAGGACGAAAAAGCGCCGAUUAGGCUUUCGAAGGACAGGCUAGACUCGGCGAUUCUUGAGGCAUGCUCUUCUAUCCCACACAACAAAUCAAUAUUAGACUAUCUUCUACCUUGCUGGAAGAGGAUAAUGAAGGCCUUGAAGGGAUUAAGAGGCCAUGCAGAUGGUAAAGAUGCGGUUCUGAAAGAAGCAAAGCGACUUUGUAUGAGCAACUGCAUAUUCGCAGUCGAAGUCCCGGAGUUAUUUGGCCGCGAACCAAACCCCGCAACGGAUUCUCUGACCCCCUACUUACUUUUUGAGACUGGCGAGGACAAAGGCAUCUGUCCCGACUUUUUACAAGAAGCAGUAUCGCGGUUUGAAGAUGACGAUACUGUCAGGCACAUGCUAACAAAAGCUGUUGCUGGCUUAAGUUUACAGCUGUCUAAUAUGACCAUGAAUGACAAUUACAAGCCUUACGUUCAUGCAUUAAAACUGCUGUCUCAAUUUCCGCCAAUUGUGACGGCCAUUGCUGAGGACCCCUUAUUCCAGAUGGCAGUAUCGGCUCCUGGGAUCGAGAAACACACCCUUCUUGGGCCCUUUUUCAGAAUCUCUCCACUGCAACCGGAAGUUACCAAAGAAUAUUUUGCGGCGCCGAAGACUAUGGACAAGCGACAUGUUGUAACAUCACAAGAGGCACUGCGACUGACAUUGCAGGCUCACCAACAAGACCUGCUCGAUAUUAUUAAUCACUUUGUCCGUGCCAGUCCUACGGCCAAGAAUAAGACCCUGGACUGGUUUGCCUAUAUUGUGAAUGCAAACCACAAGCGUCGAGCUUUACAAGUCGACCCAUCGGCGGUAUCAUCCGAUGGUUUCAUGAUGAAUGUUACCGUGGUACUUGAUGGGCUGUGCGAACCUUUCAUGGACACAACAUUCUCAAAGAUAUCGAGAAUAGAUAUCGAGUAUCUGAGACGCAAUCCAAGAGUUGACAUCAAGGAUGAGACGAAGCUGAAUGCUGACCAGAAUUCUUCCGAUGCCUUUUACGCAGUUAAGGCUGAUGGAACAUCGAAUUUCAUCUCAGAGGUCUUUUUCUUGACUCUGGCAGCUCAUCACUAUGGUAGCGAAGCAACGAAUGCCACGCUGAAGAACCUCGAAAGAGACAUCAAGCAUCUAGCAAAAUCUGUGGUCGAAAUCGAAGCAGAACGUCCAAAAUUCGUCAAUAAUCCUGCGCUCAUGAUGCGGUUUGAGCUCCAAUUGAAGAAAUACAACGACCUAUUGGAAAAGUCAAUGUCGCUCAAGUUUGCAAUCGAAGGUGUUCUUCUCGACAAACAAUUACAGACAAAGUCUCUAUUGUUCAUGAGAUAUGUUACUGUUUGGCUUUUGAGAAUUGCCACAGGCUCAGAUUAUACCCCUGACAAGACUGUAAAGCUCCCACUACCUUCAGAGCAGCCAGAAGCCUUUAAGUGCCUUCCAGAAUACGCUCUUGAAGAUAUUGUUAGCAACUUCAAUUUCAUCUUGAGAUUUGUACCAGAAGUUAUGAUCUCAGCAGUUGGCGACGAGAUCAUUGUGCUUUGCAUUACGUUUCUUACAAAUUCGGAAUACAUCAAGAACCCAUACUUAAAGGCUAAGUUAGUAUCGCUUCUAUUCCAUGGCACAUGGCCCGUCUAUCAUCGCACAAAAGGGGUUCUUGGUGACUCCUUGAUUGGGACGAAGUUUGCCAAUGACUACCUCCUGCAUGCUCUGUUGAAAUUCUACAUUGAGGUGGAAUCAACUGGCGCGCACACACAGUUCUACGACAAGUUCAAUAUUCGAUAUGAAAUCUUCCAAAUCAUCAAGUGCAUCUGGACAAAUGAUGUCUACCAGCAACGUCUAACUCAGGAGAGCAAAACAAACAUUGAGUUCUUCCUGAGAUUUGUCAAUCUCCUCCUCAACGAUUCCACAUAUGUCCUGGACGAGGCACUUACGAAGUUUCCGAAGAUUCAUGAUCUGCAAGCUGAGUUAGCACCGGGAGCGCCGCCGUUGACACCAGAGCAGCGAACAUCAAAGGAAGAGGAACUGGCGACAGCCGAAGGUCAAGCACAAUCAUACAUGCAAUUGACCAAUGAGACAGUUUCGAUGAUGAAGCUCUUUACCAAGACCUUGAGCACCGCGUUUACGAUGCCGGAAAUCGUUGAUCGGGUAGCUGCCAUGGUUGAUUACACCCUCGACAUCCUCGUCGGACCCAAAAGUAUGAAUUUGAAAGUUGCAGAUCCUACAAAGUAUCAAUUCAACCCUAGAACUCUUCUAUCGGGGUUUAUUGAUAUCUACCUCAAUCUUGGGGUCUCGCAAAGUUUCGUUGAAGCAGUGGCACGAGAUGGGCGCUCCUACAAACCUGCCAAUUUCGAUGCUGCAAGCCGUAUUAUCACUCGGUACAACCUCAAAUCGGCAGAAGAGAUAGCAGCCUGGGAGAAUUUGAAAGCUCGUUUCAAGACAGCGAAGGAAAUGGAUGACCAGGAUGAAGAAGAUAUGGGUGAAAUUCCAGACGAGUUCUUAGAUCCUAUUAUGGCGACAUUGAUGAAAGACCCCGUUAUCCUGCCUUUGAGCAGGCAGACUGUUGACCGAAGCACGAUCCGCAGUCAUUUGUUGAGUGAUCCUCAUGAUCCCUUUAAUCGAUCGCCUUUGAAGAUCGAGGAUGUGGUGGAGGAUACGGAGAGGAAAGCACAGAUAGCGGCUUUCAGAGAGCAGAAGAGAUUGGAAGCGAAAGCUGCCAAGAAAGAUGAAAUGGAUACAACUGAAGGAUAGAUGAUGCUUGUUCUUAUGGAGGGGGUGAAUGAGGAUAUGACGGGGACAUGCCUGCUGCCUUUUGAAUGCAGUCUAUGAGCGGCAGCGGUUACUCUACACCAGAGCAUGGCCCAUCGACAGAAGAGACAACCUGGUGGUUGCUUUUCGCAGGAUGAGGGCUCAUCAUACCUGGGUUCUGUUGUGGAAUAAUUAGAAUUGUACAGGUUUGGUCAGGGAAGCAAUCAGCAUGCUCAAUGUUGCUGCAGCUGUGUCAUCUAUAGUUAUUCAUACGAAGU